UGAGGUGAAGAAGAGUUUACUUUGCAGUGAGUUGAAGGUUUGGUUUCGGUGUUCGUGUGGAGUAAAGGGUUUUGUCGAGGCAGAAAGCCCAUUUUCACGGAGCCAAGAUGCUGAACAUGUGGAAGGUUAGGGAGUUGGUUGACAAAGCAACCAAUGUGGUGAUGAACUACUCAGAGGUGGAGUCUAAAGUCAGAGAGGCCACCAAUGACGACCCCUGGGGACCAUCGGGACAGCUGAUGAGUGAAAUUGCGAGAUCCACCUUCAUGUAUGAGCAGUUUCCAGAGGUAAUGAACAUGCUGUGGACCCGCAUGCUGAGGGAUAACAAGAAGAACUGGCGGAGAGUCUACAAGUCCCUGCUAUUGCUGUCCCAUCUAAUCAGGAACGGAUCAGAGAGGGUUGUUACCAGCGCCAGAGAGCAUCUUUAUGACUUGAGAUCAUUAGAAAGCUACCACUUUGUAGAUGAGAAUGGAAAGGACCAAGGUGUGAAUGUGCGACACAAGGUGAAGGAGCUGGUAGAUUUUGUCCAGGAUGAUGACAGGCUUAGGGAAGAACGGAAAAAGUCAAAGAAGAUUAAAGACAAAUACAUCGGGGUGUCUUCAGACAGUAUGGGAUACAGAAGUUACUCGGGCGACAGGUACGACUCUAGUGACAGCCGGGGGAAAUGGGACGAUGACUGGGAGAGGAAAGGGCAGUUCCCCUUCAGCGAGAAAUUGGGAGAGAUCAGCGACAAAAUCGGCAACACCAUUGACGAUACCAUAAGCAGAUUUAGGAAGAAGGACAGAGACGAUUCACCAGAUCGAUUCAGUGACAACGAGGAGGACAGGGGUCGCUCGUCUCACAAUGGCCAGACAGGAAAAGAAUUCAAAGAUGAAGAGGAGACUGUUACCACCAAGAGUGUACACAUAGUCCAAGCAACAGAGACCACAGCAACACGGAAGAAAGGAGGGGUCCCGUCUAAGAAAGUAGACUUGGGUGCUGCAGCCAACUACACAGGCGACAAGAGUCCAGCCACCACCACCAAACAGCCCCAGCCAGCAGCCCCCCAGCCCUCCAGUACCGCCCUAGCUGACCUACUAAUGGUGGACACAACACCGAGCCAGCCCGCUGCCACAGACCUGAUGAGUGGAUUUGCUGACUUCUCCUCACCUGCUGCCUCCGUCGGCCUCUCCUCUGGAUCUGCAGCACCUUCCUCGAGCAGCAAUGGGGACUUCGGAGAGUGGAAUGCCUUCCCCGGAGGUCAGAUGCCAGCAUCUGCUCAGACUGUUGACACCAGCGGAAAUGACCUUUUUGGAGCCAUGACAGGUCCUGCCGCUGCCCCCGCCCCCGCCCUCGCCCCAGCCUCAUCUUCAGGCUCUGGUCCUGCCUCAGCAGACCUGUUUGAUUUGAUGGGGCCAACUCAGUCCAUCACCUCCUCCCAGAGCCUCAACUUUAGCAUGAGCAGCACACAGAGCAUGAGCACCACAAUCCUGCCCCAGUCUAUGUCACAGCCCCUCCAGACCAUGGGGGGACCUCUACAACCGCAGUCUGUGCAGCCCCUCCAGCCUGUGCAGCAGGGAGCGGCCUCUCAAGGUGCCGGAGCCAAAGCCACCCUCCCUUCCACCUGGUCAGACCCCUCCGUUAACAUCAGCCUGGACUUCCUGGGCCCAGGCAUGCAGCCACCCAAGCAAAGCCAGCCCACUCUCAACACCCUCCAGCAUGGCAACCAGGUACCUGCCAACAUGCUCUCCCAGGGAUUUUCCACUAUGAGCCUUGGACCUACAACAGUCAGACCGCCUGUAAAUCCUAUGAUGCACCCUGGUGCUGGCAUGGGAAUGGGCAUGGGCAUGGGGAUGGGAAUGGGAAUGGCCCCCAACCAGGCCAUGAUGGGGAUGGGCAUGAACAUGGGGAUGCCACAGGGAGGUAUGACCAUGGGGAUGCCCAAUACUAUGGGGAUGGGAAUGGCGAUGAACCCUGGAAUGGUCCAACAGCCCAAACACGAUGCCUUUGCUGACUUCGGCAACUUUGGAAAGUGAUAGAGCAUGAGAGAAAAGAUUAUCUGGUGGAGCGGUGUUGGUCUCUCUCUCUCUCUCUCUCCGUCCAUUGGUGAAGGAUUGUUAUGAGCUGCAAACAAAGAGUACUUGAAUAAUGUCAACCAUCACAACACCAACACCCUGCAAUCCCAUUUUUUAUUUUAAAGACAUGCUGUGUAGUGAUAUGGAUCUCAAUGAAUGUUUGUGUUGUGUUUGAACCAAUGAUCCGUCUGGUCUUGGGUGACAGUCAGACACACGCUGAUGUCAGUGUGCCUUGUUGGUUACGCGUGAGUCAGUGAGAUGACGGAAGAGUGUGCCACCAAGAGAAUGUCAGGGGGGAGGGAUUUGCUUUAUAACCUCAAUCAAGUGAAAUCACCAGGAUAGCAAAAAGAAAUCAGUAGCUGCAUUUUUGUUUAGAUGCAUUCUCAGUUAUUUUACUGAAUGAUAAGUUUGAAUAACAUGAUCAGCCAUUUUAACUUUCUAAUGUACAUUUAAGAAUGUCAAGUUACCUCUUUUUCUUUUGUCAUUGCUCUUCCUUUGACCUGUAAAUAGAAAUCUGGAGCCCUUUACAAAUAAGUUAUGAAGUUCCUAUAUGAGAGGCAGUGGCAGUGUGUAUCAUACAGACCAAAUCUGAUAUGAAUGGAGACCCAUAAAGCACAUUGACACCUUCUCUUUGUACAUAAGCGUCCACACACUCCGGAUGUGACAUGUCAAUUUAAGUAAUGAGUGUUUGGAGUGAAGGCUAUUGAUUAAUUUGAGGAGUUUCUCCCUCAACAGACCAUCAUUUGUGGCCUUUCUUAUUGCUAUAUAUAUAUAAAUAUAUCUAUAUAUUUUACUUAUGAAGAAUAUUAUAAUCAGUUUGCAUCCAAAUGAGAUAAUCAGUAGGUAGAGCCUCAAACAGGGGUUGUGGGUUCUUUAUUACAGCACAGAGUGCCUGAAAGACAUUUGCCUUUUCUCUUCAGUUAACCUCUUUGAAGGAACCAAUGUGACUGUGCAGUGUUGGACAGCUACCAAAACGGAGCUUCAGUACUAUGUACAGACAUCUUGUGUUUGUACUAAUGCCUCAAGCCAAGCGCACUGUCUGUACGCAUAUCAAAUGCAAUCGUAUAAUUAUGUCACUUUUGUUUGUCCAGUGCACACUUUUGUGGUUCCACUCAGUUCAGGUCAUUGAUAACUUCAGUGCUAAAAAAAAACAACAACACACAAAAUGAAAACACAUUGACUUCAAUUUAAUUCAACGCCAACAGGUGUUGAUACAGACUGUUAUUGCAUCAUGCAUCCAUGUGUUGAUACAGACUGUUAUUGCGUCAUGCAUCCAUGUGUUGUGUGUUUAAUGUUCACCAAUUCUGCCCUCUCAUCUUCCAUUGUUUUUUUUGCACAUUAAAAACAGCAAUCUCGAAAAUAGUGUUUGUCAUAACAGUCAUCCGUAAAAAAGUGUGUUUUGCAACUUAUCAGGAAGAUUGUGAGAGAAAGCACUUCAUACACUCUGAGUACUUUAUGGAUGAAGGUGUGUUGUGGGUCAUUAACAUGUAAUGAACAAUCCCAUUCAGCUGUGCGCCCGCUAACUGAUCAGUUUAGAUGUACAAAACAUUGCUCCUCAGUGGUUCAAGUGCCUGCCCGUGGUUGCCUCCUGGCCCUUGUAAUGAGUGAUAAGUAAAUCUUGGCUGCCUGGCGUUUUUGGCAUGUCAACAAUCAGAUAAAUAAUUCACUGACCAGAGGAGAAGGCAGUGGAUGCUGCAGCCCCAAGAGGAUUGAAGUUGUGCUUUCCCGCUCUCCCAAGGGCUUAAGAGGCGGAGCACACUAACACAUAGUAGCCUUGUGUCAGAGUCUGAAGCAUUAAAAUGACCAAAAUCUGUUUGCUGUUUUUUUUUCUAAGAUAUAUCAGUAGAGGUUGUUUUAUUCAUUUUGUUUUCUACUUCAAAUUGUUUUCUCUAAAAUGGGAUUGUUACUGAAACACUAGCAUAUGCAAAUGUAAAAAAAAAUCCUUUGAGAAAAUUAAAUUUUUCAUUAUUCCCAUUUUGAUUUGAUUUACACAUCGAUUCUUUAUCUACAACAUUAAACAGUUGAUUGAAAUUUGUUAA